AUGCCUUUCCAUCAGAAGACAAGAGGAGAAGGAAUCGUGAAUGAUCCGUUAUUCGAUUUUCUUGCGGAUUCUGUGGCAAAGAUUCAUUUCGAUAAUAUUCCUUUAUCAACAUUUUCGAUCGAAGCGUUAGAGUAUGUUUUGUCCUACACCUUUAAUUCUAAUGAACCAUUCUUCACUCCAGAAUAUACGAUCUUUCGAUAUUCCGUUUUAUUGGCCGCGCAACAGAUAGAUUUGGAUACUUACCAUAUGUUGGAAGCUAGAUUACCUGAUCUAGAUGACGUUGAAAUAUUCUUUGAAGAUGAACCGGAAUUCAAUCAUAAGAAAUUUAAUAAAGUUCGACAUAAAAUUUAUCGACUAAUCCAUCCUUUAAUAAAGUUCAUCGAUUUUCGUAGGAUUGAUGGAAGUAUUUUAUCAAGAAUCAUUGAACCUUUAGGAUUAAUCCCGAGUUCGAUCAUCAUUGAGGCGUACAGGCAUUACUCAACGAAUAAAAGGAACCUUCCGGCAACUCGUGGAAUUACGAAAAUCUAUUGGGAUGAAGGGGGAAGCGGCGAUCAUAUUUAUGUUAUAGGUGAAGGAUCAGUCGCAACCACAAAUCAUCAAUGUUAUGAAAAUAUCAGAACGAAUUUCGUUGUAUCAAAUAACGGUACAUUUGAAUGGGAUAUUCGUAUUGAAGAAAUCGGUAAAUUGGAAAUUUGUGUGGGAGUGCAUGCUAAUUCAAAAUUUAAUUACAAUCUGUUUGGUGUGUGUCAAAAGAAUACUUGGUUAUUUUCUUCUGCCGGCAUUUUAUAUUCUCAUACAGGAAGUUCGUUUUUUAAUUACAAAUUUAGCAAAGGCGAUCAAAUCACUUUGCAAUUAAAUAUGAAUGAUCAAACUCUUGUCUUCUCUCUUAAUGGUAAAAAGCUCUUAAUUACCGAACUAAAACGGAAACGAAAAUAUUAUCCCAUAGUCUCUCUUAAUCAUCCUGCUAAAGUUCGACUUUUACCUAAUUUGAGACAAUCCUGA